GCGCUCCCGGCGGCCCCCGCGCCAGGCCCCGCCCCCGGAAGCGUUGCUAUGGCGGCGGAUGCGCUCGGUGGCCUGGUGGCCGUGCUGGAGUCCUACCGCGGCCGCGACCGGGUGGUCCGCGCGCUGGGCUAUGGCUGCCAGCUGGCCGGCGGGGCGCUGGCGGCGGCGCGGGCCGCGCCGGCGGGGCUGCCCGGGAGCCUGCUGGCCGUGUCGGCCCAGCUGAACCACUGCCGCACCGUGCUGCGCCUCUUCGACGACUUCGCCAUGCUCCACUACAGCCGCGGCUACGGGCUGGGGCCCAAGGACGAGGACGCCGUGGUGCGCUGGCUCUCGGUGCUCGCCAACGCGGCCGACCAGCUGUACUACCCCUGCGAGCACGUGGCGUGGGCCGCCGACGCCGGCGUGGUUGGCGCCAGCUCGCCCAGGUGGUGGGCUCUGAGCACGGGGCUCUGGGCCUUCUCCCUGCUGCUGGGCCUCACGCGGUCCCUGAGAAUCCUGUUGCAGUUGAGAAGGAAGCUGAGGCAGCACAAGGGUAAAUCUUCGCCUCCAUGUCAAAAGGAAAUGAGAGCCCAAGUGAAGGCUGAAGUUUUGAGCAUCGUUAGUAACUUGGCAGAUCUCUCCAAUGCCAUCCAUUGGCUGCCCCCAGGAUUUCUAUGGGCUGGAUGGUUUCCUCCGUGGUUAGUAGGUCUCUUUGGGACCGUAUCUUCCCUGAUUGGUAUCUACCAGGCAUCUGCAGGGGGAAAUUCUGGGGCUGUAUGAACCACAACUAAGCUUCAGGAAUCCAUUUUUUACAUGGAAGAAGUGCACAUAGUGUACGCAGGGUAUGUUUUAAUUUUUCCAGGUGUCGAUGAUUGUAGUUCCACGACCCCUGUAAUUGAGACUGGGAUCAAGGUGUCCCUUUUCCAUAGAGGACUGGUUAGGGUUAAAAUAGUUCUUAUGGCUCUUCAUCACAGUAAGGUCUUUGAGGUGAAUCCUCUGAAAACUAAGCAAUCUCAUAGGAUUGAUAAAAUAGGGGAAAAUGAAGUUACAUGUUAGAUGGAGAUACGGCCAUGGUUCUCUUACGCAAAGCUUCUGAGAGAUGGGUUCUGCGAGCUUAAGCUCUGGGCUCAGUGCUUGAUGCCUCACCUGAAACCGGCUGGUGACCUGUAUCAUGGAAAUAUCUCCUUCAGAUAUUUGGUCUUUGAGCCCAGACCAGAUGCCCCGACUGCCACCAGGGGCAGGUGACUGAGGGAGGUGGUUGGGUGGUGGGUUUCUUUAGAGGUGAUGUGGAAAAGAAACAGCAACUGUAAGCAAUGUCUUGCUAAGCUUCCUUCCAGUCAGUAUUACUCAUUUAAGGAGAGAUAUUAGAUGUUGAGACUUCUCGGUUAAACCAGAGCAAGCAGAAGUGCACUGAACCCGCAGAUGCGCCUUAGCGCAAGGCCACGGGGUGGAGCUCUUCCACUGGGCUCCGGCCGAGCCAACGGACUUCUUCUAAAAAGAAGCAAAUACAUUAAUCACCUUUCAAGGGACCAAUCAAACAAAUGCAGAGAUGACUUUUACAAUCAUGUUCUAAGCUGUGCCAAUAAUAAAUGAGACGAAUGUUUCAAAGGUG